UCUGGCGGGGAUAUUAAGCGAGAUCCGAUCGUAUGGGGAAGAUUCCUGAAUGAAAGAGAGAGGUCUCGCUCGCUCGCCUAAAGGGAGAAGGCGGUGUAUAAAGAUGCCCAGCUCGGCCUGCUCUUCUGCAGUGCUCACCCAGACAGAGAUCAGAAAUGAAAGCUCAGCAGAUCUACGCCGUCGUAGCCUUCGUCUGCAUCGGCAGCAGCGUUAUGGCUCAGGAGAACAAUCUGGCUGCUCUCCUGCAGAAGCUGAACUUGACCAACCCCCAAACACAGAUUGAAUUCUUGGGUUUCGUUGAUCGGCAAACCUUUCCUGCCUCCGUCGCUUGCUUGAUUCAGGGUGGUGGACCAGGCUGUGAUCCAAGGACACCCACUAUCAGAAAAGUUUUGCAAAAACUCUCAGCGAACAACUAUCAGUGCUCAUCCUGUGACUUCGACACCCAGCGAGUCCUCAACCUUUUCCUCAGAAGCCUCCGCCAGGCAGCGAAUCCUCUGCAGUGCAAGAGUCUAGACGAAGGUCUACAGUUAGCCGCACCUUUAUGCACAUAAUGGUUGCUUCCAUAUUUUCAUAUUCCUGUACCACGACGUAGAAGAGUCUGAAGGUUCGCUGGAUGCCACAAAUUUUAUAAAUGGUGUUAUUUAAAUCAUAAGAAGGAUGAUUGUGUUGGAAUGCAGAAUUUCCGAGUUUUAUUCCAUGACUAGCCAGUUGACCGGGAGAUGUGAACAGAUUGAAAGUUUGCAUCUCUUUUCAUUUAUAUUUUGUUAAAUCUACUUAGAUCAGAUGUAAAUUUGUAAUGAUGCGUUUAAUCUUUAACCUUAAGUUCACUUAAGAUUUUCUUUUCUUUGUUGAUCCAUCCAGUGGUUAAUAUCAUUAAUAUGAAGUAGAGAUAGCUUCAGUUCUUAACUGAAGUACCUUGCCUGGGUUAAAAACCAAAGUAGGCUUCUGCUGGACCAGAAUUAUUGCCUAUAUCCGUAUUCGUAUCAUAGUCCAGAUGUGAAACGCUCAAGUCCUAAUUCACGUACCUAACGCUGAUGGAUCUUUGGUUGGUUUGUAGGAAAUGAGAUCUCUUUCUCGUAGCUUAGCUUCUCUAAGUGAAUAGGUUUCCUGUUUUUUUAUGGCUUAGUGUCAUUUUCCUUUACAGAUAAAUAAUCAUUGUUAAAGUCAGUGAUGACGAUAUAAAUCAUAUGUAGAUAUCACAAAUAAAUAUGUAUUAAGGUUAUUCAACAUUUGUCAGUGGUUGUAGCGAUGUCUAAGUCAAAACUUCUUGGGUCUAUCAUCAAGUUCCUUAGUUUCUCCUCUUAAUCUCACUCAUCAUAUUUACUUUUGAAUAAUAAAAGUAUACAUUCUUUUAA